CAAUGCCCUCUGGUAACACACCUACUGUCAGGCUGCUGCACUUCAACGAUGUCUAUCGUCUCGAGCCUUCGGAACACGACCCAGUUGGGGGUGUUACUCGCUUCCAGAGCCUGUGCAACCACUAUAGACAAGAUCCGAAGUAUCAAGGGCAAGCGGAGCUCAUCACGCUCUUCUCAGGGGACGGAUUCGGCCCGAGCUUGGAGAGCAGUGUGACCAAGGGUUGUUUGCUACAUCCGAUAUCAACUUUGUGGUCACAAGCUGAGAUUCAGUGUGACANNGGCGCUCAUAUGGUUCCAAUCUUGAACAACGUACCAGUCGAUGCUGCUUGCGUCGGAAAUCACGAGCUCGACAUGGGCGUUCCUCAAUUCGAGCAUCUCGCUUCUCAAUGCAACUUCCCCUGGCUACUAGCCAACGUUACAGACCCGGCGCUAGGUGAUGACGUUCCUCUAGGACAUACACAGAAGACCGCCAUACUCACAUCGUCUACUGGAGUCAAGAUCGGACUCAUUGGUCUAGCUGAGAAGGAAUGGCUCGAAGCUGUCAAUUCCCUGCCGACCAAUCUGGUGCACACCGAUCCCGUCAUCACAGCGCGCGAUCUGAUACCAAUUCUCCGAGCCGAAGGUGCUGAAAUGAUCAUUGCACUCUGUCACCAGAGGGAAUUCCACGACACUAGACUGGCGCAGGAGGUGCCAGAAAUCGAUAUCAUACUCUCUGGCCAUGAUCACCACUACCGCCACUCCAAAGUACGCGAAACUCAUAUCGUGUGCUCUGGCAGCGACUACAAGCAGCUCAGCUACGACUUUGCUAUCACACGUCGAAACGUCGACAGCAGCAUCACCGAGGAUCCAGCUACUGUAGAGCUGCUUGACAAGUUGUUCUCAUCGCUUCAAGAUAAACUGCAGAAAGUAGUCGGCUAUACUGCUGUGCCACUCGAUUGCCGUUUCAGCACUGUCCGGAGCCAGGAAUCGAACAUGGGCAACUUUGUCUGCGACCUGAUGCGCUACUAUUAUGACACUGACUGUGCGAUGAUUGCUGGAGGUACAAUCCGAGCCGAUAUGGUCUACCCUCCAGGUAUCUUGCGACUCAAGGAUAUCGUCGAUUGCUUUCCAUUCGAAGACCCUGUCGUUGUGAUCAAGGUCAAGGGCCAACAGCUUCUCGAAGCACUGCAGAACGGCGUAUCAAAGCACCCUGCACUGGACGGCCGAUUUCCACAGGUGUCCAACAUCAGCUUUACUUUUGACCCGUCGCGAAACAGACAUGAUCGAGUAGUUGGAGUACAGAUUGGUGGAAAGCCGCUCGAUCUGGACCAAGAAUACACACUGGCAACUCGAGACUUUAUGGUUAGAGGUGGAGGAGGACCAAACAUCUCUAUUAUUGACGAAGAGAGUGGCAUACUGAUGUCGAUGCUACUUCGACAACACUUCUUAUCAUCAAUAACUGUCGGGCGCUGGAAGCACUGGGGUGCAGCACUCGGCCAACACUGGGGUACAGUGCAUGAGCAUCUCCGACGCACUGGAUCAGUGGUCGAGCGUACUGACACCAACCAUACUUUCAGAAGGGACAGCAGCGAUGUGUCAGCCAGAAGAGCCAGUGUCGAUGUGUCUUCGGGAAGAAGAAGGAGCAGCGCCAUCUGGGACAGACCCCCGGUGAGAAUUGUGGAACCGGCAGAGAUGAAUCUCAGCGAAUCUGAAGACGAGUCCGAAGUGACAGCUCCGGUGCUGGCCAGGGAACUAUCCCCCGAAGAACACGAGCUGGUGGUAGCAAGGAAGGCCAUGCGGAAGUGGUGGAGAUUGGCUGAGCUGAACACUCGCCACGCGAUGGNNGGUUAUGAGGCAGGCGAAGAACUGGGAGUUGGCUGGACCAGAGGAAUCUGUCCACAAGUGGAGGGACGUAUCAAGAUGGUGCUGCGUGUGCUU